UGAGUCAGUUCAGUCUUCGGCAUGGACCGCUGCUGCCGUCGCUGCUGCUGCUGGUGUUGCUGCCGCGCGGCGCUUCAACUUCAGUCCGGAGCCUCGUCUGCGCUGCUUCCUCCGGCCGGCCGGCUGGUGUGACCUGGAGAUGGAUUUAUAAGCCGCCCCGAGCCCCUUCCUCAGAGAGAGGCAGCGUUUCUUUCUGCGUGUUUUGGAGUUGUCGGAGAAAAUGCCAGUCGCAACUCUGCUGCCUUUCACCGCGACCCCGAGCAGGAAGUCCGCCAGCCCGACCUCCUUCAGGCUGACGGAGAAGUUCAUCCUGCUGCUGGUCUUCAGCGCCUUCAUCACCCUGUGCUUCGGAGCGAUCUUCUUCCUGCCGGACUCGUCCAAGCUGUUGAGCGGAGUCUUCUUCCACUCCUCCUCCUCCUCCGCCGUGGAGACCAACACCCGCACCGGUGCGGACGGCAGCGACUCGGGCUCGGCAGGAGGCGAGGAGAAGCUCCUGGCCAAGAUCAGGAAGGACCACGAGAAGGCUCUGCUGGAGGCCAAGGACACGCUGCAGAGACGUCCCGAGCAGAUCCAGGAAGACAUCAGGAGCGACAAGGAGAAAGUUGCCCAGGAGAGUUUGGCUCAAGGCGGGAAGGACGUCGAUCGCUUACCUUCGGUCGAGUUUCACCGGCCGCCGGGCGCCACCGGACCCGAGCCGCUGGACCCCGGAACCAAGGAGCGGAGGGCGAAGAUCAAGGAGAUGAUGAAGCACGCGUGGGGCAGCUACCGGCGCUACGCUUGGGGUUCCAAUGAGCUGCGUCCGGUCUCCAAGCAAGGCCACUCCAGCAAUCUGUUUGGAAGCAUUAAAGGAGCCACCAUCGUGGACGCGCUGGACUCUCUCUACAUCAUGGAAAUGUACGACGAGUUUGACGCCGCCACUGAGUGGGUGGAGAAGAAUCUGGACUUCAACGUGAACGCUGAGGUGUCCGUGUUCGAGGUCAACAUUCGCUUCGUCGGCGGUCUGCUGUCGGCCUACUACCUGUCCGGGAAGGAGGUGUUCCGGAGGAAAGCAGUGGAGCUGGGAGAGAAGCUGCUGCCGGCCUUCAACACGCCCACCGGCAUCCCCUGGGCUCUGCUCAACCUCAAGAGUGGGAUCGGCAGGAACUGGCCCUGGGCGUCCGGCGGCAGCAGCAUCCUGGCGGAGUACGGGACCCUUCACCUGGAGUUCAUGCACCUCAGCAAGCUCUCUGGGAACCCCAAGUUUGCCGAGAAGGUGAUGAACAUCCGUAAAGUUCUCAACCGGCUGGAUAAGCCCCAGGGACUCUACCCAAACUACCUGAACCCCAACAGUGGCCAGUGGGGUCAACAUCACGUGUCAGUGGGGGGUCUGGGCGACAGCUUCUACGAGUACCUGCUGAAGGCCUGGCUCAUGUCUGACAAGAGCGACGAGGAGGCGCGGAAGAUGUACUACGAUGCCCUGCAGGCGAUCCAGACCAACCUGAUGAGGAAGUCGAGCGGCGGCCUCACCUACAUCGCCGAGUGGAAGGGCGGCCUGCUGGAGCACAAGAUGGGUCACCUGACCUGCUUCGCCGGCGGCAUGAUGGCGCUGGGGGCCGACGGGGCGCCGGCGGACAAGACGGGGCGGCAGAUGGAGCAGGCGGCCGAGAUCGCCCGCACCUGUCACGAGUCCUACGCCAGGACGGCUCUCAAGCUGGGGCCAGAAGCCUUCCGCUUCGACGGCGGCGUGGAGGCCAUCGCCACGCGGCAGAACGAGAAGUACUUCAUCCUGCGGCCCGAAGUCAUCGAGACCUACAUGUACCUGUGGAGGUUCACCCACGACCCCAAGUACCGGGAGUGGGGCUGGGAGGCGGUGCAGGCGCUGGAGACGCACUGCAAGGUAGAGGGCGGCUACAGCGGCGUGCGGGACGUCUACGUGUCGACGGCCAGCCACGAUGACGUGCAGCAGAGCUUCUACCUGGCUGAGACGCUCAAGUACCUGUACCUGCUCUUCUCGGACGACGCCCACCUGUCCUUCGAGCACUGGGUCUUCAACACGGAGGCCCACCCGCUGCCCGUCAUCAGGAAGGACGGCACCGACCGACCCAACACGGUGGAGUAGCGGCGCCGCUGAGCCCAGGUGACCUCUCAAACCGGAAUGUUGUCAGAAGCACAUCUCAACCGGACCGGUUCUGAUGGCAUUCUGGGACGCCUCAGUCCAGAAGGGGGCGCUGCGUUCACGUCAUUCCUGCUGUACCACUCCAGUAUCUCAAUCUGAUCCGGGAGACUGCUUCGUCUGUUUUUGAAUCACGGCUUCCGUCCGCUGUCUGUGGUCACAUGACCUGCUGCUCCCGCCACACGGACCCUCACGCCGAGCUUUUCUGUCCUGGCAACGGAACCAGAGGCGUCGCGUGGAAACAGCUGAGCGAGGAGCGGUUCGGGCGGUCGACAUUUCUCCCCCAGUUCAAAACAAAACAGCUUUUAGUCCUUCAUUCAAUCCCAAAACUGUGAGUUUUCAGCUUCAUUUUUUCUUUUCUCUCCAUUCAGGGAUUUUUUUUUCAUUUUCACAGAUCAAUUUUACUUUUUAAAAAUUGGUGAAAUUUCCAGUUAAAACUCGGCAGAAUAGAGUGAAACUGACUGCUGCUGAGCUGUUUCCAGUGUCUUUCGCGGCUCAGAUUCUGAUUGAUAUUUUAAAUGAUUGCUGUUUGAUGUGUAAUGAGAGGGGUUUUAUUUCUUCUUCCAGUGAGUCGUUCAUAUUUAACCAACAUGAACUGUGCUCUCCUGGCCUUGUACUUGAGUCUGAACUGGGUGGUGGGUGGUGAUGCGGUCCCGACUGCUCUGACUCCUCGGGCUCGGAUCUUCUCUCCUCCGUGAGGAGACGCCGAGCCCUCGCCCCGCACCCCUCAACAAGCCAUACUGACCCCCGACACUGACCCCGGAGCCAGACCCCAGUCCACCUCUGAUCUAGUGCCUUCGCCGUGGACGAGUCGGAGGGACGCGCAGCUCGCGGGCCUCCUCGACUCACUCAGCAGCUCUGAUCCAUCGCGCUGGACACUGUUGGCUCACAGGUGCAGGAGCGAAACCUGGCGAGGCGCUGUUUACAGUACAACACUGCCACCCCGUGCCCUCUUCCAGGUACUGCCAGUGACGGUUCAGGGCUCAAACCCGCAGCUACAUUUCAGGGAGUUGAUCCAAACUCUGAUUUGAGUCUUGAAAUACAUGUGAUGCUUCAUCAAGAGCCAAAUUAUAUCUCAGCUGUCGAAGGAAAUGUCGCUCACAAACGCGAAAACAUUUCCAAUGAUACUGAUAUUUACGUUAUAACAGUCCGAUUUUUGUUUGAAUUUUUAAAGGUUAUGGAAGUAGAACUUUGUAAAUGUUUGAAUUUGAAGGUGACAUUCGGGGGCAUUAUAGAUUUUAUUGUAUUUAUUUCAAAUGUUUAGCCAUUUUAAAGUCAUUUCAUACGACAUUGAAUAUAUAUAUAUAUAUAUUUGCCAUUUAGUUAGAAUGAGAAUAGAUAUAUAUAUUUUUCAUAAUUAAUUCGAUGUUUGACCACUUGUUUUAAAUCUACUUAGAGAGUAAAUAAGAGCGUAUAUUGAAGUGUCCGUGAAACUAUAAAUCAUUCAUGAAAUUAUGAAUCAAUUUCCCUUUUUUUACUCCACAAGUGACGUCACGUAGAGGAGGAUUGUGAUGGAGGUGUUUUCAGUAGUUCGGAUGGAUGGGAAUUUUAUUGUGACUAUGAUUCAAUGGUAGGUGAAAGUCUGGUUAAUAAUUCACCUCAUCGCUGCCCUUAUAUUUAUCCACUAUUUAAUUGAAAUGGUAUUUCUAUUUUGGUUCACAUUUUCGAGACACGCCGCUGUCUUGCUCCGUCUGUGGCGCGCGGCCGACACCAGGUGGCGCUGCCGUCGUCCCUCCGCCUCGCUGCCGCUCGUUGACUGGUCACGUGGCUGGGGGCGAACGAACCGAAUGUACGAUCGCCGUUUUGAAGCACAAACCCUGCGUCGCUCCUGUGUUCGGGAACGUUCCCCGCUUCCACCCAAGUACCAAAAGCUUGAUGGACACCGUUUGUGCUGUCACCAAACCCGCGGGAGUCAGUGAUGAGCGCGUGAACAAUCACCACCUCGCGCGUGUCCGUCGUGUCCCGGAGUCACUGCACAGCUGUGUGGCAGUUUCCAGCCGAGAUGAUGAUGAUGAUGAUGGCGUCACGGCGAGUGUGUUUCCUGGAGCCGAGUCUCGUCGUUAGUUCCAGUCAAGUUCAUUAGUUCCAGUCCAGUUCUCUGUGGAGCCGUUUGUAGCAAGCGUGUUUGUGAGGCCGGGAGCGGACGCGCGGGGGGGGGGGUCACAUGACCUCGCCCCGUCGGUUUCCCGCCCUUGGUCCCUCGUGCACCAAGCCGUGCGUGGUUCCGUGGCGAGCUUCGUGCUGAGACCAAGAUGUACAUAGUGCUCUCUCUACAUUUAUACUGGCGAGCUUCUGGAGAAAACAAGACAGGACGUGAAAGAGCCGCAGACUUUGGAAUAAACUAUAUUUGUUACACUUCUAUUGUGAAUAAAAGGAUUGUUUUUACGACGCUGUGUGGUGUCUUGUGGGGACCAAACCGCGUUUGGAUUGGAGUCUUCUAAAGCUCAUUUGAGUCUUUGAGUUUUUCUCCCUGAGAAAUGAAUGUUUUUGUCCUUCAAAAGUGCCUUGAAAAGAGGCAGAGUUUCCAGGAUGUUGGCCGCUUCAAGAGCUGUUUGAAAUCCCUCAAUAAACUCGACAGAAGUCCGGUCACAGUGCUGUGUCAGGGUUUGUCUUGUGCACUGGCGGCCCCUCGCCUCAGUCUUGGCAUGGAGCCUGCAGGACCCGAACCCCGGCUGCAGGUGCUGACGCUGGCCACCAGAGGGAGGCAGCGGGUCGAGAGUGCUCCCUCCUCCACUUCCGCACUCCCCCAUGUGAAGGACCUUCUGCCCUCAACUCCGCGCCUGCACGCGCCUCCUGCGGCACUGAUGGAAGGUUCCGCUGAAACAAGACCGACACUAACCGGGAGGCCUGUUCUUUGAACAAGUGUUCGGCGUCUUCAUCACCGUCUUUGAAGUCCACCUGAGCUUCUGUCUCUCUCCUGAGACCUGCAGGAGCACGACUUGUUCCCAGGUCAGAGUGACGUCAUCUCUCCAGCCUUCUCUUGAAGGAGCGGUGGCUCUGCUCCGAGUCUCUCCUGGACGACUGAAGACGCUGCCGUCCGCCUCCCGCGUCCCUUCACUGGUGAACCUGACUCGGGUCCGACCUGAGCAGCAGGAGCAUGGAGCGCUGAAGGCCACAUGAGCAGUUGUUCAAGUCCAGCCGUCGCUGGAGCAAACGGCACAUUGGAUUCACGUCAACUGCAGAGCCCAUUUUUCCUGUUAGCUUUCUGCCUGGCUGUUUCUGACGUACCCAGUUAACCACAGGUGAGAACGCCUCAUUCAUUGACCGGGAAAACACACAUGUAACCAAACAGAUUGUAAACAACGUGAUCACGUGAGACGCCUUCCACCUGUCGCGACCUCAGGUGAGGGGCGGGGCCAAGAGAGCAUUGCUUUUUCAUUGUCCCGAUUAAAUGUUAUACUCAGUUCUUUCCAUUUAAAAGAGUGUUAGUUUAAUUCCGACCCAAAGAGGUUGGACAGUCAUGAAUGAUGAUGAUGAUGAUGAUGAUGAUGAUGAUGAUGAUGAUGAUGGCCGCCCUCGUGACAGGGCCAGUCAGGCUGAUCGAACCGUCGCCAUGGAAACAAGCAACGCCGGCCUCUCCAGCAGUCGAUGCCUGUUAGCGACCCGCCGCUUCACUGGCGUCUAAAAAUAGCCGCUCCCGCUGAUUUGGGCUCCGCUCACGUCCCGUCGUGCUCUCGGGCUCCUCAGCGCGCGCCGCUUCAUCUGCUUUGUUUAGAUGUGGGGAAGCGAUUCCCAACAACCCCAGCGCUGCUGCGUCUGGGCUCCAGCCGUCAGCCGCUCGUGUGAUGAGGGCUGUCAAGCCAAGGCCCGCGGGCCCAGCCCGGCCCGGUUCACCCGUGCCUGACGUGCGCCGCUCCAUAUUGGACCUGUCGACCGGUUAUUACUGGAGUGUGAAACGCUCAGUGGCGCUGAAGCCACUUCCUGGCUUUAAAAUGUGUCAUUCCUUGUUUCCUGUGUGUCUUCUUUCUCCAAAUAUGGCGAGGUUCUCCCACGCCACGACAGGAAGGAGCGUGACGGACAUCGGCGGCUCCAUCAGCGGGACUGCUGCUCCUGGCUGAAGAACCCGGGAGGCCGCAGUUCAAGUCAACCAGCCGGCGCCUGGAGGAAGGCUUGAACUUCGCGGCAAUACGUCGGAGGUCUCAACACGCAGGACUUGUCCGGGCGGCUGGAGUCGAUCACCGGAGAGUCAUUACUGCCACAGUGUGU